AACCUCAAGUCACCAAAAUGAAACAUUUGCAAUCAGUGAUGAUAUUGGUGAAGACCCAUAUUACUCAACACCAGCUACAGAUGUUUCACCAAGAAGCAUCACACUGAAUGGUGAGAAUGAGGAAGAUGGUUAUAAUAGAAUUCAAUUAAGUGUGACAAAAGAGAUACCCAAAGAUAGAGCACUUGAUGAGAACUAUUCUCAUAUAAGACAACAUGGUGAUAAUGAAGUUUACUAUUCAACCCCGUAUAAUGCUUCUGAAGGAAAUGGAGACGAAGUUGGAUCCUUAAACAAGAGUAAUGCAUACUCUUACGUUACAAAGUCAAGCAGGAGUUCCCCACCAAAGGGUGCUGUGCUAGAUGAAUCAAGCAGUAAGAGGGGUGUGUAUACUGAGGGAAAUAAAGAUAAUGAAUCAAAUGGUAAGGAGAUAGAGCUAAUAGAUAAUGAUGUCUAUUCAAUUGAGGUUAAACCUGAUACUGAGUAUGAAGCUUUGCCAGAUGAGGAAGGAAAUAAAGAUAAUGAUUCAAAUGGUAAAGAGAUUGAGCUGAUAAAUAAUGAUAUUUAUUCAAUGGAGGUUAAACAAGAUGAUCACGAAACUGUAACGAAGCAACCAUUUAAAGCCAGCAAGGAUGUCAGUGAAAUGUACACUAAAGUGGACAAAACAAAGAAUCCUAAAAUUUGAACAAUGACGUCCUCUAAGACCUCAUUCUAAGAAAGAGAAUUAUAAGCAAAUGCUCGCUCAAAAAUCAAACAGCAAUCCCUAUAUAGCUUACACAGACUAUGAUGUUUACAAUUGAAGUCGAACUGCAGUACAUUGCUAGUCUUAAGUCGUGUUUGAUACAUGAAUAUAUGAAAACAAUAUACUGUUAAGCAUGUUUUAUAUCUGGAUAUAUAAAAUAUUGAUAUCUACUAAAUUAUUUUCUAAAAUAUAUAAACACAAUAAACUGUAAAACAGAGUACUAUGUAAUCAAA